AUCCAGAAAUCUACACGUUAAUUAAUUAAUUGAUGAAGCUUCCGCAUUUCUACAUCUCCGCAAAUCCAAUUUCAUCUUCACAAAUUCAGAUCCUCCGAAAAAUUUGAAGCGCGAUGGCGGUGAAGGGGAGGCAGCAGUACGGCAGGGUUGGGCCGCGCAAAACGUCGUCGUCGACGUUGGUUCUGUACGGAUUGAUAAUGCUGUCGUUGCUGAUUGUGAUCCUUUUAGCUCUGGGAAUUCUCUCAAUUUCCAGCAGCACCAACGCCUCGAAAGAUUCCCCCAGAGCGCAUGAUCUCAGCUUCAUCUCUCACAAUUCAGCCCACUCAGAUGAUGGAGAUGAGGAGAGUAAGGAUCAGUGGCUUGAAGUUAUUUCUUGGGAGCCUAGAGCCUUUGUUUUUCAUAAUUUCUUGUCAAAAGAGGAAUGCGAGUAUCUCAUUAGUAUCGCCGAGCCGCAUAUGGAAAAGUCAACUGUUGUCGAUAGUGAAACCGGGAAAAGUACAGAUAGCAGAGUACGUACAAGUUCCGGUACAUUUCUUGCUAGGGGACGUGAUAAAAUUGUACAGAGAAUUGAGAAGAGAAUUGCAGAUUUCACCUUCAUCCCUGUAGAGCAUGGCGAAGGCCUUCAGAUCCUUCACUACGAAGUAGGACAAAAGUACGAGCCUCAUUACGACUAUUUUAUGGACGAAUUCAAUACUCAAAAUGGCGGUCAACGCAUUGCUACUGUUCUGAUGUACUUGUCAGAUGUUGAAGAAGGGGGUGAAACAGUAUUCCCAGCAGCAAAAGGAAAUAUUAGCGCUGUUCCAUGGUGGAACGAGCUAUCUCAAUGUGGGAAAGAAGGACUCUCUAUUAAACCAAAAAUGGGUGAUGCACUACUUUUCUGGAGCAUGAAACCUGAUGCAACUCUUGAUCCAUCAAGUUUGCACGGUGGCUGUCCUGUUAUAAGAGGGAACAAGUGGUCAUCUACGAAAUGGAUGCGUGUCCAUGAGUACAAGGCCUAAUUUACUGGUUCCGUAAACGAGGUUGUUGAGCUCUUUUGCUUCGGGGCACCAAAACGAGGAUUAAUGUACUAUUAUACUUAAUUUACUUUCAGAGGUAACCCUUUUGUUGGGAUACGAUACCAGUACCACCAUCUGAAGACAGAUCUCAAAGAACAAUUUAUUUAUUUUAAAUUAUUUUUUUGUUUGGGAAAUUUUGAUGUUAGUUUAACGCAUAUUUAAAUACUUAAGGUAUUUAUUUUGAGAUAUAAUGAAUUAAUGAGCAGAUACGGAAUUGUAAAAUUAACAACAAAUAAAUUGAAGCAUAUAUAUGUUUUUGUUCGAACCCCUU